UUCAUCACUUCUAGCCUUCACACCAUUAUCAAACUAUCAACCUUUGUUAUUUUCUUCAACUAUCAAGAUUCUUUUCAUAAUCACAAUCGACUAACUGACGGAGAGACAUCUACAUAGGAUGGAUCUUAAAAUGUUCAUCAACCACUGCUCUUUUGCCAGAAUUGCAGGCUUAUUAGCUUUGUUAUCUUUCUUCUAUUACAUAUGGAUUUCAGUUUUAAGGUUGCCAAGGAAUACGAAAGUGUCACCACCUGAAGUUGCAGGUGCAUGGCCUAUAUUAGGUCAUCUUUCUCAGCUACUAGGAUCAAGACCUCUAUUCAAAAUCCUUGCAGACAUGUCUGACAUCUAUGGACCCAUCUUCAUAGUCCGGUUUGGUAUGUAUCCGACCCUUGUUGUAAGCAGUUGGGAGAUGUCUAAAGAGUGCUUCACCACCAACGACAGGUUCCUCGCUGGCCGCCCAUCGAGUGCUGCCAACAAGUACCUUACUUUCGCCUCGUUUUGUUUUUCCACGUACGGUCCUUACUGGCGAGAGAUCCGUAAGAUCGCUACGCUCCAUCUACUCUCGCAUAGGCGUCUCGAGCUUCUCAAGCACCUUCCUUAUUCGGAGAUUGGAAACUGUAUGAAACACUUGCAUCGACGCUGGAUUGAAAGUCAAAACCAAAUAAAAGAAAAUAACGCGGCAGCUGGUUUAGUUAAAGUCGACAUGAGCCAAAUAUUUGGGCAGCUAACCUUGAAUGUGGCGUUGAAGUUGGUUGCUGGAAAAUCAAUAUUUUUCAUUAGCGACAGCAAUCAUGAAUGUGACUCCAUGGAUGGUCUUAACAAAGAGGAAGAAGAAGGUCAGAAGCUCCAUAAGACCAUCAUAGAAUUCUUCGCACUAGCAGGAGCUGCGGUUGCAUCUGAUGCAUUUCCAUUCCUUGGGUGGCUGGAUGUGGAUGGACAAAACAAACGCAUGAAAAGAGUAGCCAAGGACAUGGAUUUCAUUGUUUCAAAGUGGCUUGAAGAGCAUCGGCACCAAAGAAGACAGACGUUACUAUCAAGCUCAGCAGCAGGAGGUAGUAAUCAUGACGAUGCAAAAGAUUUCAUGGACGUGUUGAUGACAGUUCUUGAUGAGGGAAAUGAUGAUCUCUUCUUUGGUUUCAGCCGUGACACUGUAAUCAAAGCCACCUGUCUGCAAGUUAUAGCAGCUGGCGCUGAUACCACAUCAGUCACACUGACAUGGGUUCUCGCGCUGCUAAUAACUAAUCCUACUGUCUUAAGAAAGGCUCAGGAUGAGCUUGACACCAAAGUAGGCAAGGACGGAAACAUAGAGGAACACGACAUCAAUGAUCUUGUCUACCUCCAGGCAAUUGUUAAGGAGACGCUCCGGAUGUACCCUGCUGGCCCACUCGACGUACCCCACGAGGCUAUUGAAGACUGCAGUGUUGGUGGAUAUGAAGUGAGAGCAGGAACACGUCUGUUUGUCAACCUAUGGAAACUGCACCGUGACCCUCGAGUGUGGUCAAACCCCUCAGAGUUCAAGCCGGAGAGGUUUCUUCCACAACUCAAUGGUGGUUCUGGUGGUGAGGCCGUAAACUUGGACUUCAGAGGUCAAAACUUUGAGUAUCUACCAUUUGGUUCAGGAAGAAGGAUGUGUCCAGGGAUCGACUUCGCCCUCCAAACAAUUCAUAUGGCGCUUGCUCGUCUGCUUCAUGCAUUCGAUUUUGACAAUGACGCAGCAGGAUUAGUAAUAGACAUGACGGAAGGUUCAAGUUUAACCAUCCCCAAGUUAACCCCACUGGAGGUUUACCUCCGCCCACGCCUCCCAGUCAAACUUUACUAAAAGUAGUAGCCAGGAUGUAAGGUUGUCAAGGGUGCUUGCUCCCACAGCUGGAAGGCCCAUAUGGUUCGAGUGUUAGAAACCAAGUCUAACCGAGACUCCUUAUGGCAAUUGGAGGUGUAAUAAGAAUUUUGCAUAUGUUAGGAAAGUCAACAUAAUUGUUCCAGGAAUCUGAAGUCGGUAUUAUUAGUAUUUAAGGCCAUUGAGCCA